AAGCCUAGCAGAGGGGAAGAGAGUGGGUCCACACUGUCAGUCCCUACUCGAGUAGCGAAAACCCUCUCGCAGUCGCAUGUCGCAUCUCAUCUAAACCCUUCUCAUCCCCCACCUCUCCCGCGGAUCGCCUGCCGCCGCCGCCGCUGCCGGACGCCGCCACCGCCGCCGCCGUGAUGCUGUCCCUGUCGAGGGCGCUAGGGAGGCGGCUCUUCUCAUCCGCCGCCGCCGCCGCUUCAGAGUCCGCCGCCGCCGCGUCGACGUCUGCGGUGAGGAAGGCGCAGAACCCGCUCGAGGAGUUCUUCGAGGUCGAGCGGAGCACCGAGGAGGACAAGCCCCCUCCCCACUACGGUCGCAGUUGGAAGGCUUCUGAAUUGCGCUUAAAAUCUUGGGAUGAUCUUCAGAAGCUGUGGUAUGUUCUCCUAAAGGAAAAGAACAUGCUAAUGACACAGCGUCAGAUGCUGCACUCAGAGAACAUGCGGUUUCCAAAUCCAGAGCGAAUUUCCAAGGUAAAAAAAUCAAUGUGCCGGAUAAAACAUGUCUUGACUGAGAGGGCUAUAGCCGAGCCUGAUCCAAGGAGAUCUUCGGAAAUGAAGCGGAUGAUAAACGCCCUGUGAUUCACUCAUAUGCAUUCCCGUGGGACUAGCGUGAUAAAGGAUGAGUGGCAGUUAGAGAAAGAUUUGCUUGCUUCUGUUGUAUCUUUAUCAGAAGACGUGUAAGACCUAAUCUUUUAGAUACCCAUGAUAUAUGCUCGCAAAAAAAUUAUUGACAUUAACAUAUUCGAUCCAAUAAUUGACCCUUGAGCUUUUUUGCAAUCUGAUUUGCGAUUUGGUCCUUAA